CAUGCUGGAAGAGCCUGACAGACAUUAUUUCCACGUGCCUCUUCAAUCUGAACAGAUCCCCACAGUUUCUAGCUGCUCAAAUAUGCAACGCACUGACUGAAUCCUCUGAUUGCACCAUUUCUAUCAGGACAAUCAAAUCUGCAGGUCUACUUUUUUCACCAAAGUACAAGUUUAGCCGACAUGGGGAGCGACGGCGAAACCCUAAACCAAGACCUGGCCAAGAUAUCUGAUGAGGACCUCCUGGCUUGCUCCAAAGAAGAGCUAGUAAGUCGGCUGAGGAGAGAAGAGACGGAGAAGAUGUCAGCCCUCAUCCAGCGUGGACGUCUGAUCAAGGAGGUCAACAAGCAACUUCAGGGACAUCUUCUUGAAAUCAGGGAGCUCAAAGCCAUCAACCAGAGGCUUCAGGAGGAGAAUCAGGAGCUGCGUGACUUGUGCUGCUUUCUGGACGACGACAGGCUAAAGGUAAAAAAGCUGGCACGCGAGUGGCAGCUCUUUGGCCACCAUGCCGCCAAAGUGAUGCGUGAUGACCUAGGUGGCUACCUGAAGAAGCUGGGGGAUCUGGAGCACCUGCAGGACGGCCUGGUCAAAGAGAACCUGGACUUGAAGGAGCUGUGUCUGGUGCUCGAGGAGGAGUGUGUGAGCAGGAGUGACUCCAGCCCAGGAGGAUCAACCGAGCUUAACUUGCCAUGCAUGGUGACCCGAGAUCUGGGAGAUGGAAGCUCAAGCACAGGCAGCGUGGGCAGCCCGGAUCAGCUCCAUCUGGUGUGCUCACCAGAUGACUGAGAAGAGGAAAGGGAUAACGGCUCUCAUCUUCACUCCCUCGUUCAGAGUGGCGGAAUGGCCUGAAUGAAGUGGU